CGCUCAGAUAAGCCCUAGAUGCCAGCGUUGAGGUUUCGGGUGAGUGAAUGGAGUCCCUGGACAACACUUUUCGUCAUCCCCAUCACCAACACCAUCAUCGCCAUCUAUCCUCAGACCCAUCCCGGACUGCCGGCACCCUCAGCUUCUUAUCUACACCGCUCUGAACUCCGGCACUCCGUUUUGUUUCCUCACUGCCGUCGCAACAGCCGAGCACAAUUAGCCGACCAACCGACCAACCAACCAACCAGCCAACCGCCGACCCAUGGAUCCGAUACCCAACGAUGUGGAUGAGGUUCUCCCGGGUCUAUUCCUCGGAAAGUAAGCCUUGUCACAGACCCCCGCGAGCAAAACAGGCCUCCCCCAGCACACCCAUCAUUGUCCCUAUUCCACUAACGCGGAGCUUCCAGUCUAGUGGCCGCGGAAUCGCUAGCUAUCCUCAAACAGUGUAACAUAACACACGUACUAUCCCUAACCCACUCCCUUCCAAGCGUUCCUGAGGAAGCGGGCAUAAUCCAUCGCCACAUUCCAAUCCUCGACGUCCCGACACAGAACAUCCUCUCCGUCAUCGACAUAUGCCUGGACUUUAUGACCGAGGCCCUGCACGGGGAAGGGAAUAAUAUCCUUGUCCACUGUUACUUGGGCAAGUCCCGGAGCGGGGGUGUUGUCGUUGCCUAUGGUAUUGCCCUCCCGCCCCUUUGUUCCCCAUCGACCCCUCCUGACAAGGUCUGAUUUGGAUUUCUUAGUCAUGAAAAAGCAAAAAAUACCUCUUGCCCCCGCUCAUGCCUUCGUCAAGUCCAAGCGUCCGCUCGUGCACCCGAAUCGCGCCUUCAGGAGCCAAUUGGAGCUCUGGGGAACGUGCGGCUACGACUCUACUAUCCUCGACGAUUACGAGAUCGUCGACUUUGGCUUCGGCGAGGAACUCCCCGUUGUGCAUAAGAAGAAGAGUAGUAAGAGUGGCAGAAGACGCCAUGGUCACGGCAGCAGUCCUGACAAGGCUGGCGCCUUGGGCUCAGCCCUCAUUGCUGGGUUGGGGACGGCGGCGGGGGGGGAGGUGGGGGUUACGGAAGGGUGGGGGAUGGUAUACAUGGACGAUGUUACGAAGGCUUUCUUUGAGAGGUGCCUUGAUGAGGUUGGGAUUGUGAGGAAGAGUGCCAGGGGGUUGUGCUGGGUUGGGUAA